AUGAAUAAAAUUAUCUUUGUCGCAACGUUUCUCCUACACUUUUGCGACAUCUUUUCACUCCAAUGUUACAAGUGUCGAUCGGACAAUGACCCAGGAUGUGCCAUUGCUGACAUAGAACACAUUCCGUCAUGGAGCUAUGAGAAAUGUGAUGAGACUGUGCAAUCUUGUGCGAGUUGGAUAGAUGAAGAAAUAACUUUCAGAGGUUGCAAGCCCGAAAAUCCUGAAAUAACAGAAAUCCUUGAAUGUCAAAGUGACUUUUGUAAUUUUGAGUUAUUCCCAUCCGAUCGUAAGCAUUGUUAUCAAUGUGAGGGCAGAAGAUGUGUGAGAAUUCGCGAAGAAGAACAUAAAUUAAUUCCUUGCGUAAAUUACGACAAAAACGAUCAAUGUUACACGAUGGUCAUAAAUAAAACUUUAACAUAUCGCGGAUGCUUAUCAGACAAAAACUCCCCCGGAAUCGACUUUUGCCUCAAAAAUUCAACAUUUUCCGAAUUUUGUGUUCAUAGCUCGAUAAACAAUCAACCAUCUUACGACGAUACUUUUGCCUGUGUUCAAUGCGACAAAUCGGAGCCUGGAUCAUGGUACGUUCCCUUUUUGUGUUACGAGAAUCAAGAAGCAAAAAAAUGUGAAGCUACCUUGCUUGGGCGUGAGCCAGAUAAAUGUUUUACGAUUGUCGGGCCCGAAUCAAUCGAACGUGGAUGCCUGAAAAAAGACAAAAACAUCGAAAAAUGUGACGCUGCGAAGGAAAAUUGUCACAUUUGUACGACUUUCAACUGCAAUUCUAAAAUUUAUCGCGGAUUGGAAUGCCAAAAAUGCGAUUCUCGCUUAGAUUCUGAGUGUGACGGCACAAAAAAGGAAUAUGUGUAUUGCAUAAGUGACUCUCAGGAGGAAAAUCUUGCAUGUGUGUUGCAAGAAAAUGAAAUUAAUGGAGAGAAAAAUGCAGUUCGAGGGUGUUUACAUACAAUUAAAAACGAAAAUUUGAAGGAAAAAUGCACGAAAAACGAUAAAAAUUGUAAAAUUUGUCAAACAAGGAAAUGUAACGACAAAUUGACUUAUCAGAAGUGCAUUGAAUGCGAUUCGACUGACGAACCAAACUGCGCAACGCUUGAAAAUGUCGAUAAAUUACCUUCUGUUACAUGUGACGAGUACUUGGAUCAAUGUUUCUCCAAAAUCGGCGGAAAAUCGAAUUUUGGAACACAACGAGGAUGUCUUUCUCAAUUAAACGUCUCUCGUGAUGAUGAUUUUUUAACAAUUUGUGAUCCAAACAACUGCAAUAUCUCGCCCGUGCCCCGUUCUCGUGUCAAAUGUUUCCAAUGUGACGAGAAAAAUGAUGAAAGAUGUGCCUUUUCCAACAAUAAUUUGCCUCCGUUGCAUUAUUGCAGAAAUUAUCGAGGCAAUAAAGAGGAAUGUUACACAAAAAUGGAUCAAAUGACGAAAAAAAUAUCACGUGGAUGCAUGUCAGAUGCUAAUUCCCCAUCAUGCGAUGAUAAAUUUUGUCAAAAAUGUUCCUUCGAAGGAUGUAAUCGAGCACCAAAACACACGAAACCUCAAUUAUUUUGCAUUAAAUGCACGGGAGACGCGAAAAAUAUCAAGGACGAGUGUGUUUGGGGUCAUAAUUCGACAAAAGCUGAGCAAUGUGUCAAACAAAUCGAGUUUGGAGAGACGGAAAAUUGUUUCACUUCAGUUUCUAACGAAGGAAUUGUGACACGAGGAUGUCUUUUAGACACUUUAGAUGAGCCAUGCAACGAUUUUUCAUGCAAAAAAUGUGAUUUUUCGGGAUGUAAUCGAGAAAAUGUCAUUAAACAACGUUGUAUUGUUUGUGAUUCGUACUCCGAUGAGAAAUGUAUCCUCGGAAAAGGACUCGAAACGGAAGAAUGCCCAAAGGAAAUUCAAACUUUCGAUGAAAGAUACUGCUAUACACUUCGAGAUGGCAAUUCUACCGAACAAAUGCUUGAAUGGGACCCUUUGUGA